CCCCUCAGAGGGAGGAACGCAAGCCCAGCUCAGCACAGCAUGACCGUGACCCGGGUGCUGCUCACCGUGCUCCUGCUGCAAGGGGGGUUUCCAGGGGCUGCCAGAGACUCUGUGACUCUGAAGGAAGGAGAAAACCUAAAUCUUCACUGCACCUUCAGCACCCCCAGCAACAACAACUCUACCCUGCAGUGGUUAAACCCUCAGGGUUUCACCAUUUUCCUCAACACCCAGAGGGUUUUAAGAGACCAGAGGUACAAACUCCUCCGUUAUUCCAAGGAUGAAUUAUCCAUCCAGCUGUCCAACGUGACAGUGCAGGACGAGGGAAUUUACAGCUGCUUCUACUACAGCAGGCACUUCCAAAGCAACAGCCACAAUGUUGAGAUUUUGGCUGCUCCUUCCCCUCCAGUGCUGGAAAUAUCCCAGGAUGAAGGAAGAGCCAUCAAACUCUCCUGCUACAGCCAGGGCAGCAAACCCCAGCCCCAGAUUUCCUGGCUGUUGGACAACGGGAUAGAGCUCCCAGGUGACACCAGGCACCAGCUGGGAGCUGAUGGGAAGAAAUGGAGCACAAGCAGCACCCUGAGGAUGCUGAGCUGCAGCCCCAAAGCGACAGCCAGCUGCAUCAUCCAGCACCCUGCACUCAGGGCACAGAGGCUGAUGGCAUCUUUCCACUGCCAGGACCUCCCCAGCACAGGCUGCAAACAACCAACCAGACUUCCAGAGGAUGCAGAAUUUCCCAGCCCUUCAGCAAAUCCAGCAGGUACCAGUUCUCCAGAGAAUCCAGAAGUUUCCAGCCCUUCUGCAUCCCCAGAGAAUCCAGAAGAUUCCAGCUCUUCUACAUCCCCAGCAAAUCCAGCAGGUACCAGCCCUUCUGCAUCCCCAGAGAAUCCAGAAGUUUCCAGCCCCUCUGCAUCCCCAGAGAAUCCAGAAGUUUCCAGCUCUUCUGCAUCCCCAGAGAAUCCGGAAGAUUCCAGCUCUUCUGCAUCCCCAGAGAGUCCAGAAGAUUCCAGCUCUUCUACAUCCCCAAAAGAUCCAGCAGUUCCCAGCUCAGCACCAGCCCAGCCAAACCUCACAGGUGUCACAUCUAAGGGGACUGAAACAGCAGCCAGUGGAAAUGGCACCGAGGUGGAGCCUCCCAGGACAGAGGUGCCACCACCACAUGAAAAAAUAACAGUGAUUUCCACCCUCACCCUCGAGCAAAAUCCUGAAUCCAAAAGCAUCGUCAAGAAGGAGAGGAAUCUCCUGCUGCCCAUCCUGGUGGCUGCUCUGGUUUUUGUGCUGCUCAUCAUUGUCCUGCUUUUCAUGGCAAAGCUGAAGAAAGCCCACAGGGUGUGGAAAAGAGAAAAUGAUGUUUCAGAGCAGACACUGGAGAGUUACAAAUCCAGAUCUAACGAAGACAGCCCAAGCCAUGAGAAGAAUGGACCAGCUGUAAAUCCCAAAUCCAACAUGCAAUAUGUAACAGAAGGCCACACGGAAACCCCAGAGAAGAAUCUGGAAACCCCAGAGAAGAAUCCAGGAGACGAAAACACAGCAAUAAGUGAGGAAAUGUUUAAGUGUGGAAGGGAGACAGAUGUAUAACUGUGGAAACUGCAGUUUCCUGAUAUUUGUAUUCAAGUUUUCAGGGAUCUUGAUUUCAAGGAGCAAAAGGGAUAAAGCUCCAUCCCAAAGCCACCUGGGGGUGGUUUUGUCACCCAGCAGGACAGGGAGAUGGGACUGGUGCUCCUGGAACCCUCAGGGGUUUCAUGAACCACUGCCACAAACAGCUCAUCAACCCCAGCAGCAAUCAGGGUCCUGUGAAGACAUCCAGGCCCCAGUGAAGAUAUUUCUGAUUGAUUUUGUCACCUCCUCCGUGACCACGGGGCUGAGAAGGGAAUCCCAGGUGCUACAAACCAACUGUGACUUUUAUUUUCUCCCUGUGACCCCAAACCUGGAUUUCCAGCUGGAUUUAACCAAGCUGGGAAGCAGCCUGAUGUCCCAAGGAUUAAAAAAACCAAAAGAAACCCAAAACAGAAAUCCAACCCAAAUUAUUCUAUGUUUUGAUGAUUCUGUGAAGCCUUCAGACGUGAAGGGGAUGUUCCACAUGGGACUGCCCAAAUCCUGGAAUGAGGGCAGCAGGAGAGCUGGGAGUUCUCCAAGACUUCACAGGAACACUUCCUGCUCCAGAAGGGUGAAAUCGAAUCCUAAAAAAUAAAGGAAAUGUGAAUUACAA